CGCGUGUCACGUGGUGUGCGUGUCGAAGGUCACGGCGCGCUCACAAUGGAGCUCUCCGAGUCUGUGCAGAAAGGCUUCCAGAUGCUGGCGGAUCCCGGCUCCUUCGACUCCAACGCCUUCACGCUUCUCCUCCGGGCGGCUUUCCAGAGCCUGCUGGACGCCCAGGCGGACGAGGCCGUGUUAGAUCAUCCAGACUUGAAACAUAUCGACCCAGUGGUUUUAAAACAUUGUCAUGCAGCAGCUGCAACUUACAUACUAGAGGCAGGAAAGCACCGAGCUGACAAGUCAACUCUAAGCACUUAUCUAGAAGACUGUAAAUUUGACAGAGAGCGAAUAGAACUGUUUUGCACGGAAUAUCAGAAUAAUAAGAAUUCCCUAGAAAUCCUACUGGGAAGCAUAGGUAGAUCUCUCCCUCAUAUAACGGAUGUUUCUUGGCGCUUGGAGUAUCAGAUAAAGACCAAUCAACUUCAUAAGAUGCACAGACCUGCAUAUUUGGUGACCUUAAGUAUACAGAACACUGAUUCCCCAUCCUAUCCAGAGAUUAGUUUUAGUUGCAGCAUGGAACAAUUACAGGACUUGGUGGGGAAACUUAAAGAUGCUUCGAAAAGCCUGGAAAGAGCAACUCAGUUGUAACUUGGGGAAGUUAACGAUCCGCCCGAGUGCAGAAGAAAACCAGAAACUCCUUGCCUUGAGCUGAACCACCGUUUGUACGAGCUGGAUGUUCUUUUCAGUAGAAAAGAAUUUUCCUUUUGAAUUUAUACCAUUCAUCAAUUUUGACACUUUAAAAAACACGUGUGAAAGGGUUAAGAGGGAAAGAUACUGCCCAAGUAUUGAAUCGUUUAGUACUAGCUGUCCAUUUAUCCUAUUUUGAUCUUUUUCAAGUCUUCUGAAAGGAAGUAGACAGUAUUACACCCUGAAUAAAUAAGGUGUUGUUUUCCACAAA